AUGAAGAGUGAAAUUACAACUAUUACUGUUUCACAGCCUGUUGAGGAUUCUGAUAAAAUUGUAGAUCCUUCUCUUCUUAUUAAUAAAAGACCAAAGAGAGCAGUGAAGCAAGUAGUUCCUUUUAGCUAUGAAGCUAAAGAAUCCAAGAGUCGCUCAAGAAAGAAAUUAGAAAAUAUUGGCCAAGGCUCAGGAACACCUCUUGGUGAAAUCCCCGCUGUUUCACGUAAUAUUAAUCGUUUAAAAUACAAUGAUGAUGUAUUGAAAGGUCUACACAAACUCUUUUAUGGAACUGUUGGUAUGAAAAAUGAGAUUAAAUCAAACAUCCGCCGAUUUUCUGGAUUUUCUAAUGCCACGCCUGUAGACGAAAUUGUCAUUAAGGAAAAAUUGGAAAAAUGGAAAUUAAUUGGACUGAAAAACAUGUGUACUGUCUUUAACUUGAAAGCAAGUGGCGAUAAAGGAACUAUAAUUGAUAGACUUUAUAGUUGGUUAAUAAAUCCAAAAGAAGUAUCCGGUUCUGAUGAGAGCAAGGCUCAGAGAAAAACUAAAUCAUCAUUAUUAUCAUCUAAAAAAUCCAAAGCUCCUCGUAAGAAAUCUGCUAGAGACAUUUUUAUGAAUGAAAAAAGAUCAUUAUAUAGAGCUAUGGAAGAGCACAAAUCUAAAAAUCGUGUUGACAUUGAUAAGAUUUUAUCUGAGGCAUGGAAAGGCGUAUCUGCUGAGGAGAAAAAAGAAUUCGAAGAAAAAGCAAAAGAAGAAAAUAUUAAGACCGGUAAAACAAUUAAUAAAAAGCAAUCAUCUAAAAAAGUUAAAUCUUCUGAAACAAAAAACAAAACUGGUUCUGAUAGAAUAAGCGAUGAAGCUGAAAAAGUAACCAAAGUUUCAAGAAAGCGCAAAUCGGCAAAUGAUGACAAGGAUGAAAAAUCUGGUGAAAGUUCUAAAAAAAGUAAAGCAGCAACACCAGUAGAAGUUAGUCCCGGUGUCGAGAAAGCUUCUAAAAGUUCAAGAAAACGUAAAACACUAGGAGAAUCAGGAGAACUAGUAGAAGAUCAAGAUGAACAACACAAAAGUUCAUCAUCAAAAAAGAUCCAAGUAACCGAUCCUGCAAUUGAAAAUAAACGAAAACGUGGCAAAAACUGA